GAGCGUUCUGUUUUGGGCCGCUGGCGAGACUCUUGGAGGAGGGGGAGAAUGACUUCCGGUUUCUGGGUGAAAUUGACACACAAUGAGGAGCUGCGAUCAACCUCACUAAAUCUGCCGUAAAUAAAACAGCAGCAACAAAAACGCAGACCAUGGACAAUCAGUGCACGGUGCAGGUGAAGCUGGAGUUGGGACAUCGUGCUCAGCUCCGCAAGAAGCCCACCACGGAGGGGUUCACCCAUGACUGGAUGGUGUUCGUGCGCGGCCCCGAGCAGUGUGACAUCCAGCACUUUGUCGAGAGGGUGGUCUUCAGGCUUCACGAGAGCUUCCCAAAACCCAAGCGAGUGUGUAAGGAGCCCCCCUACAAAGUGGAGGAGUCGGGCUACGCUGGCUUCAUUAUGCCCAUAGAGGUCUACUUCAAAAACAAGGAGGAGCCUAAGAGAGUGUGUUUUACCUACGACUUGUUCCUGAACCUGGAAGGAAACCCGCCUGUCAAUCACCUGCGCUGUGAGAAGCUCACCUUCAACAACCCCACCAGGGAGUUCCGACACAAGCUGGUCAAGGCAGGGGGGGUCAUGGUGAUGCCCGAGGGAGCGGAGGCCGUCACCAGGCCGAGUCCAGACUACCCUAUGUUACCCACAAUCCCCCUCUCUGCGUUCUCUGAUCCCAAGAAGACCAAACCGUCCCACGGGUCAAAGGAGCCCAGUAAAGACAGCAGCAGCAGCAAGACGUCCAAGCCUCACAAAGUGACCAAGGAGCACCGGGGAGAGCGGCCACGCAAGGACUCCGAGAGCAAGGGCUCCAGCAAGGGGGAGGGGGAGCGCGAGGCCGGCAAGCCCGCCAAGGAGGCCCCGUCGGCACGGAAGCUGGACAGCAAGGGAAACAAAGAGGAGGUCAAGGCGCCCCCCAAAGCAGCGUUCAAGGAGCCCAAACUGACCCUGAAGGAGGCCAAAAUGGAGGGCAUGUCCCCAAAGGGUGGGGGGAGCGGAGGUGGAGGGGGUGGGGGAGGGGGCGGGGCUGUUGGUGGGGGAGGCGGCCAGCCAGAGCCCAAGGCAUUCAGUAAGAGGCCGGCCAACGUGGAGUCCCCCAAGCCCAGCACGAAGAAGCAGAAGAAGGGCAGCUCAGAGAGUUUGAAGAGCGUUACCGGCACCUCCCCCCGCGUCUCCUCCUCCACCGCCACCACCGCUGCCCCGCCCCCCCCCAGCUGCCCCGAGAAGAAGCCCCCCAAAGAGAAGAGCAGCGGCCGCCCGGAGAAGGUGAAAACCGAGACCACCGAAGUGAAGGAGGUGAAGAAGCCAGCAGAGACGGACGACUCCAAUUCCGAGGACGAGGCCUCGUCGAAAUCGGAGUCUGUGCCGUCAAGUCCGUCAAAUUCCAGUUCCAGCUCCGAUUCCAGCUCCGAUUCGGACUUCGAGCCCUCGCAGAACCACACUCAAGGCCCCCUGCGCUCCAUGGUGGAGGACCUGCAGUCAGAGGAGUCCGACGAUGAUGACAGCAGCACCGAGGGGGAGACGCCGGUGAAAACCAACCCGCCCAACAGAGACACAAGGUUAAGUCUGGGCAGCGAGAGUGACAGCAGCGAAGGGUCCCACCCCCGCAGUCGAGAUCCUCCGCCCCCCCCUCUGAAGCACAGCUCGGCCAACAACAAGGUCUCUGGGAGGAAGAGUCCAGACCCCUGCAGCAGACCUGAGAAGAUGUUGAAGAAGGGAUACGACAAGGCGUACACAGACGAGCUUGUGGAUCUGCACAGGCGGCUGAUGGCACUUCGAGAACGGAACGUCCUGCAGCAGAUUGUGAACCUCAUCGAGGAGACGGGCCAUUUCAACGUCACCAACACCACCUUUGACUUUGACCUCUUCUCAUUGGACGAAUCGACUGUCCGUAAACUACAGAGCUACCUGGAAGCCACGGCUACGUGACAGGAAGUCCGGGAGCGGGCGGGGCUUUGUCUUUCCUAAGAACUCGGGGUGGGAAAACAAAAAUCAAACAAACGACACAGGAAGCUGUGGCAGCGGAGGGGGGGUACCAAGAGGGGGAGUGGCCGUCGUGCACCCCAAUCCACUGCCCCCCCCCCUGGAGCGAGAGAUCUGCCACCGUCACAGCGAAUAGACACUCAGAGGCUGUAUCUUAUAUAGAUAUAUUAUAUAUAUGUGUAUAGGUAUAGCCGGCAGCGUGACAGGUUUUCUGUGGUCACACUUGCUCUCGAUUUUAUAACAUGCACAAUGGCUGGACUGAGACAAGGUUCCAGAGACACAGGCCUGGCUCGCAGACCCAUCCUUUUAGUUUUCUUCCUCAAAUCCAGUGUUUCUUCAUCUUCAGUAGUUUUGGGUGGGAUUCGGUAAGUUGCCAGGAGAGGCGUGAAGCUGCAGGUCCCUUCUGGGUUCGGGUCGCACUGUUGUAGGCACCAUGAUGUCAUCGUUGAGCAGAAUGGUUUUUAUCUGCAUUCAGGACUGGGUUCCAGCACCCCAUGAAAUUAUUUAAGUUUUAAAGCAGAAUAUGCACGCCAUAGACUGCCUGACGUAUCUUUUAAAGUGCAUCUCGGUGUGGAUGCAAGUGUCCCUGUUUGCGUUCCUCGGAUUGCUUCAAUUCACCCGGUCUCUCUCUGUUUCGGUCGUCGCAUCCUGGUGGCGUUUUAAAGCUCCUGUCGUCCGUACAGCUCUCAGAAUCACGUGUAACCAUUAACCUGUCCCCCUUUCAACACUAAGACACCAGACAGUAAGAAAUGCCACGUAGAACCAGCCGAGUUAGAUUCAGGGAGAUAUGUCGAGGCCACACUAUACCUUUUAAAAAGCUCUUGAUAUUUCAUACCCACACCAAUGUGCUGUUUUAAGAGGACUUUAUUUUCUGUGGCCUGGGGAGUCCAUUUUAAAUGACUGUAUCGAACUGUGUUAAAGGCACCCGAAGAACCAAGCUGAGCACUUUUGAUUUGAAGUCUUGUGUGUUUUUAAAGGUCUUGUUUUAAAAGCUACUGCUUCACCCCUCUCCCUGUACCUGACCUCCCCGUGUAUCGCCUUUCACUGGCUGAGUUAACCCACCACAGUCGAGCAUUUGAACUUCAGCUUGCUAGAUUAGAAAUCCAAUCGACAUCGCUGCUCCAGAUUUUACUAAGUUUAAGUAACUACUAAGUUUUAAGAGUAAAUCCCAUUUUAAUAGAUUUUCUGAGGUCAGCAUUGAAUGCUGCUGCUAUGAUUUUUAGUACAUCAAGUUCCCCUUAUUUAUUUUUUUUAAGUAUUGUAGCAGCUCAGAAUCACUCCGUUUUUACUGUUUUAGUAACGCAUCAUGCAUUAUUUCGUAGGGGUCAAAUGCAACUAAGGAAGCACAACCUGGAGUAGCUUAUUAAACAGUCUGAGCGUGUAGGAGUCUGGUUUGUUGUUUUCGUCUGCAGGUUAUUUAUAUUUAUUUAUUUAAUUAGUUUAAUUUGCAGAGUGCCCAUUGAGAUUGUAAUAUAUUUACAGAAGCAAGCAUACACUUUCUACAAUGCAAUGUAUCGCAUCCAUGCACUCUAGGGCUCAAGUUUGUUAGUGACUUCCCAAAGGUGUAUGUAUAUUAGACUGUAAGGAUUUCUUUUGUAGAACAACAGCACCCCUCUGUGGUCAGAUGGGUUCAUUGCAGUUGAAAUCCUGGCCAGUUUGAAUUCAAAUCCCGUUUACCGAGUUUGAAAAACGGUUAAGCAGCAUUCUAAAUGGUUAAAGGAAGGUGUUUUGAGGGAUUUUAUAAAAUGUUUACAAUACCCACCGUUUCCAGUGUUUCAGUCCGCGCCUUGUAUGAAGAUGUUAGAUUUUUAUUAACAAACUCUUGAACCUGGGCCAACAUUAGCCCAAAAAGAAAUUCAGCGGCUACCAAAAAAAAAAGUUUCUUAGGCUGCUGAGCUUUUGCUUCAGUGCAAAGUUGACACCAAACAGAAACUGAACUAAAAUGCGUUUAUUUUUUUGCUUAUGUAUAGUUUUGUCAUUUGACAGAAAACAAAAUGGCACAAACUUUGCUCUGAAGCAAAAGCUGAUUCUGUGUUCCCUGAAAAACCCUGAAGAUUGUGACUGAGCAAAGGGGCGUGACUUGAAUAACAGGUUCCCAUUGGCUGAAGGACGCCGGUACUAGCCAAUCAGAAGGUAUUAAACAGGGUAGAGACGGGACUUUGAGCUCUACUUUCUCCUGGCGCUGAAUCUAAAUAUCUUCCAUUAUCACCUUUCAGUAGAAUGACACCUUUGAAUAAAUAAGGCCUGUAUUAAGGAACUGGACAAAAACAGGAGAAGCACCUUUGAUAUGUAGCUCUGCAUUACAUAUUCUCUAAUCUAAAAGCACCCCCCUGCAAUUCAGUGUGUCAGGAUGGGCAAGGCAACUGACAGACUGUGAUCGGUGGCUCUCAGUUGGCGGGUGCUUCUGCAUUCCAGCUUGCACAUAUUCCUGAGUUCAAUAGGAAGGAAUUGUUCUCAUUCACGAAGGGAUGGUCACUUCUCCCCCCAGAACAAUAAAUACCUUGCAUCCUCUGCAUUGAAUCAGUGGCGACACAGCGGCCGAUUGACAGUGAUAUGGCAGGUGUUUCUAAUUUUGUUGUCCCAACUCCCUGUGGGGUUGUUUUGGGGUACCUGCCGGUUGUGCAGUAGUGGUGGGGGAAGGUGUUUCCAUUUCUUGGGAUUGUGUUUCGACUCAAGGCAGAUGAACCCCAUUUAGUAAGAGAACCCCAACAAUUAGCGAGUUGAAUUAGCGAGGCUCUGUAAUUGUGCGACUGUCUGCCCGUCCGAGGAGGACUGGUCACCUGGGUUGAAUUUUACUCUUGCUGGUCACAUUGUGAUCAUACCCAAGUAUGAGUCAGCCUUUACAAAUGGAAUUGGACAGCAAAUCACACCACCUCAGUCAGGCUGGUCUGUACUGCUGUGCUGGCAGCCCAGAUGUGAACCAGUUCCCUUAGUCUUCUCAGAACAGUGGACUCUAGUCCGAACACACGGGGAUCAGAUGAAAAGCUGUAGGUUCAGGUACUGGUGUUCUGGUACAGAUCACUGAUCCGAACAGGGUUCAGGUUAGCGUGGGUCUACUGUACCUGGAAACACCGAUCAGAAUAAGCUAUAACCUGAAGUUCCACUCUGCUGUCUGAGAAUAUACCCAACAGGCCUGGUUUGCUAACAAAUUGCAAAUAAUGGACGUUGUUCAGCAUAUUAACUAUGGAAGUCUUUUCAUCUGGAAUGAAACUGCCGUAGGGUGUGCACUGAAGAAAUGAACUCGUCUAUUGUCACAUUCUUAGUAUUUUCCGUGCAUUUCGACUCCUAUGCAGGCCCACAAUUUUGCAUCCCUUUUUUAAUGCGAGCAGCAUUUUGAAACCGUGUUCAGUGUGUUGUUUAGCAUUUUAAAAUGGAGGCAAAUAACUUCUUUUCUCUUACAAAGUGCUGAACGCUCCAGAAUCCAGCCAUGUUGAUUAACACUAGGGCAAGCAUGGCACCAAUCAACUUACACGGUUUAAAUCGGUCUGGAGACUGUGCUUGCAGUGUAGACUCUCGCAUUGAUCCGAGUGCUGGGAGCCAAAGGGAAGAUUAAAAUACAGCACCUGGACAUUUUUAAAAUCUUUGACAUAAAAAAAGACUAGCAGUGAAAGUGACUGCCCUUCUCAUUAUGUAAACCCUAGUGACCCUCAUUGUUUUUACAUGUGUCUGGUUAGUGCCUGGGUUAGGCGUCAGUGUGGUCUUUAUAUAAUAAAUCCUUGAUCUACAGUUACUUGUGCCACUCCACUUUGCCGUCGUCUCGGUUAACGUUAAGCUCCCCUGUUAUUUAUUUAUUUAUUUAUUCAUUUUUUCCUGAAGGUGAAAGAAAAAACAAACAAUGCCGAUCAAACUAUGAGCAUGAAAUUUAGUAGGAGCAAUUAAAUUAUUUAAGUCUUUGCUUGCGAUUUUUUUUUUAUUUGUUUUCCUUUCAGAAACACUUUUCACUCAAGGGGUUGAUUUUAAAACGCUUGUUCAUUUUCUGUGGCUGCUGUCCAUUAACUGCAGAUCCGUUUUUCUUGAAGGAAGCCUGGAUGGGAAACUGUAUUCUAAGAAUACAAACCCCGGCCCUGUAGUCGAUGCAUAUAAAUUCUUGCAUUACUGCUACAGCAGAAGUGCUAUAAUGAAAGAGACCACGCAAGUAAUAAUGAGAUGCAGUUUAUUAUAAGAGAUACCCAGGUGCUGACACUGCUUCUAAAAGCAGACCUGCCUCUCAGAGAUGGGGGGGUCUAGGAAAGGGUGCAAACCUACAGUAUAAUAAUCUGCCAAUAGUUAAUAUUCAGUUUGUUUGAAUACCUCUGCACUUAUUGGCGGUGACGAAUCCAAUACUUGUUUUAAUUACCUAAGCUGUAUUUUGAUAAUUGUGUACAAUAUUUGCAUUAAAUUAAGUUUCAAUUUCUUUUUUUAAAUUUUUACUUCAGUAAGCUGACAGACAUUAUCCCCCCCCCCCCGGAAACACGAUUAACCACAGCACCACGAUGAAUUCAGUGUUUCAAAGGAUUUAUCCCAGACCACUAAAACACACACUAGAAAAACAAUUCCAUCUGAAACUACCAGGGAAGCGUUUCAGCUCAAUAUAUUAUAUAUAUAUAUAUAGAAGUGUAAAAUAAAUGUAAGUAGGAAAUCUACUGUGUGUAUUUAAAGACGAAUGGUUACAUAAAGUACUUUUUAAACACAUAUAUAUAUAUAGUUUUUUUUUUAUUUUUUACCUUUUAUAAAAACCUCCUUUCAGUGUUUUGAAUGAGAACAAUGUCUGCUGUUUCAUUGUGAUUUCAAUGGGGUGAAAGAAAUGCCACCCUGUGUUACUAUUGCCCAAGUCAGAGUACAGUUUUAAUCCCUAGUGUUGGGGUACUAAGCGAGGAAGCAAUAUUUUAGGGAUGUGCCAAAAAGAACAGUGACCUUAUGGCUGAUAUUUAUUCCCUUUCUUGUAUAUUAACAUUUGACCUCUGAUGGGAUUUUUGCAUUGCACACAGUGCCACUGCUGGCCAAAUGUUUAAACUGCAGUUUCCCUAUUUGGGGGGGUUAACUGGCCUGUGGAAAGGACCUUUAAACAUGACAAAUUAUUAUUAUUAUUAUUAUUAUUAUUAUUUUAUUUUUUAUUUUUUUUUAACAAUAAACUUGUUGAUUACUGUAAAGUUUAUUUGUUGGACUGUUUCAUUUUAAACAAUACUUGGUCCGUUGACAGAUAAGCCCGGGUGGAGUUAAAGCAUUCAGUCCUAUUUUUUGUAAAGGAGAAAAACAAUAACACACUUCAUUUGUUUGUUUUUUUAACCUUGCUGGUUGGUAUUUUUUAUUCAAUAGCAAUAGCAUACAGGGACCAAGGAUGUUACAAAAUUGUAUGUUUCAGUUUGAUCAUUUUCAUCAUACUGUAGUUUUCACUUCAUUAUCAAUGCAUUCUUUCACCCCAACUAAAUUAAAAUGAGGAAAGACAAAAUAUAUAAAUAUACAGGCAUUUUAUUUGUAAUAAUCACACACAUUCAUAGUUUCACAGUUGCUUGUCUGCAUCGAUAAUUGAACAGACGCAAAAAAUAAAAUGCACACGAGAUUUUAAAAGAGGGAUGAAAGAUGCCUUCAUAUCUUCAGAUGUGUGAAAAUCAGGAAGAGCUGGGACUAUUUCACUACAGCCAGACUGCGGAGAACCCAAACCCUGCUUUUCAUCGCUGGAGGAAACUCUUUCUGGUGUACAGUAUCACACCUCUGUCACAAAACUAAAUAAAGAAAGCCAUUUUGAAUGAGUUCUCGUCAGUCCUUGCUAUUAAGAGAGACACAUUGCAGUGCACCUUUCAUGCCUCACUUGUAACACACUGAACGCUCAAGAAACUGUUCUUCAAUACAAACUCAGUCCUACCCGGUUAGCUGCCCUACAGUAAAAAACUUGUUCAGUUUUUCCAAAAGCAAUGUUUACUCAGGUUAGUUUAUCAACCAGGAUUCAGAGAGUUACUGGAAAUUAAUGUAUCUGUAAAGCUGCUCCAAAUGCAAGUUUCUGAAUCCCUUGUUGGCACUCCCAUAACGAUUACAUCUUGA